GAGACGGGAGCGAUAGCGCCGCACGAUGGUGGUGGCCAUGUGGAACACAUGAUGAAUAUCGCAUUCAUGGGCACACUCGUUUCUAGUGGAAGAGGAAGGGGCUUGGUUAUUUCAACAGCGACGAAUUCGCAAUUUGGCGAGGUGUUUCGGAUGAUGCAAGGCGAAGAGCUAGCAAGUGUCGAAAAACCCACCUCGCCUGCCACGUUGUUAACCUUAGAUUACUAA